GCUCAGCCUGGAGCUCGGAGCGGCCGCCGCGGCAGUCUCCACCCCGGAUACCACACUCUUACCCCCGGCUCAUAUAAAGAUAGCGCGACUAACAGGCCGUCCCCCGGGCUGCUCAUUAUUCUUGUUGAUGGUUAGACUCUGCGAGAGAAGGAUGAAGUUCCUCGUAGCCGUUACAGUCAUUGUGGGAUCAGUGAUUUUUCUCGCUUUCCCAAAUGGCUCAUCCGCUGACGAGAAGAAGAAAGGCCCCAAAGUGACUGCGAAGGUGUUCUUUGACAUUAGGAUUGGAGACGAAGAUGUUGGAAGAGUUGUUAUCGGGGUGUUUGGGAAAACUGUUCCCAAAACAGUCGACAACUUUGUCGCUUUGGCGACAGGAGAGAAAGGAUUUGGUUACAAGGGCAGCAAAUUCCACAGAGUCAUCAAGGAGUUCAUGAUCCAGGGUGGAGACUUCACCAGAGGAGACGGCACUGGAGGCAAGAGCAUCUAUGGAGACCGCUUCCCCGACGAGAACUUCAAGCUGAAGCACUACGGCCCUGGCUGGCUCAGCAUGGCUAACGCCGGCAAAGACACCAACGGCUCUCAGUUCUUCAUCACUACAGUUGAGACUCCAUGGCUGAACGGGAAACACGUCGUCUUUGGAAAAGUCCUGGAGGGGCUGGAUGUGGUGAAGAAGAUUGAAGCCACAAAGACAGAUAGCCGCGAUAAGCCCCUUAAAGAUGUCACCAUCCACGAUUGCGGCAAAAUCGAGGUGGAGAAGCCGUUCGCUGUGGCCAAGGAGUAGAGUGCUGCUGGGGAGUACAGGGAGAACAGGACUUGGGGGAAAUCGUGCAGGCCACCUUGUUUUUAUCACUAACAGCCCUGUGGUCCUGGAGAAGGGGCUUUGGGUCAUUCGGUGUCCGUGGCUGCCGUCUUAAAGCACCAGAAGAGCAAUCAUGACGACGCUCUGGGUCCAUUUACCAACGAGCAUUCCAAGGUGCACUUAACUGUUCGUUGUUGUUGGGUUUUUUUUUGUAAAAAAUGAAAUCUAAAAUAAAGGUUUCAAGUUUUGUUAAA